AUGUAUAGUAGGAUCAUCAGAAGAAUCCAAGUGAAUGCUGGAAUUGGGGGCACUCAUUGCAUUCUCAGAGGAGGAGGAGACUCGAUGACUGAGCGUAUGGAGUUGUUACAAAUACUCUUGCAGCAGGCCGCCAGAGGGACGGCUCCGACGGCAGCGCCGGUGGCGGCUCAUUUUAGGUCAUCGAAGAAUCUUAAUAUUGUUCUUACUGCUGAAAAACACAAAUUUGUGCUGGAUGAAGUUUGUCCUGAAGCCCCUAAAGAUGACUCCACGGAAUCUCAAAAGGCUGCAUAUGAAAAGUGGCAUCAUUCUGAUAAGAUGGCUUGUUGUUACAUUUUGGCAUCCAUGUCAAAUGUAUUACAACAGAAACAUCAGAAUAUGCAAACUGCUUUUGACAUAAUGGAAAGCCUUCAAGAGAUCUUUGGACAUCAAAGCCGACAAGCUAGGCAAGCCCCCAUUAGGGCAAUUAUGAACACACGCAUGAAAUCGGAUGCAUCUGUAAGGGACCAUAUGUCAACCAUGAUUGGUCACUUCAAUACUGUAGAGGUUUUCGGAGCUGGCAUUGAUUCCGAGACGCAGAUUGACAUGGUUCUUGAGACUCUUCCUGAGAUGUUCUCACAAUUUAUAGUUGAUUAUAAUCUACACAAGAUGGACAUGUCUCUGACGAAAUUAAUGAAAGAGCUACAAAAUGCUGAAUCUGUUCUAAAAGUUAGAAGUGGAAGUGCUUUGACUGUUACAGACGAACCCUCUUAUCCUAAGCCUUCUGGUGGCAAAUGA